AUGAAGUUCUCCCUCCUCACACUAGCCCUGGCCCCUCUGGCCACCGCCCACUUCCUCCUGCAAUACCCGACCUCCCGCGGUUUCGACGAGGACAUCAUGCCCGAGUUCCCCUGCGGCGGCAUGAGCCAAUCCUCCAACCGCACCCAACUCCCCAUCUCAGGCUCCUUCCCGCUCGCCCUGAAAAUGGGCCACAGCCAAACGGCAGUCGAGGUUCUGCUCGCCCUCGGCAGCAAUCCCGGCGAUAACUAUAACGUCACCCUCGUGCAUACCUUCCAGGUCGUCGGCCUCGGCGAGUUCUGUCUGCCGCAUGUCGAGUUUAGCAGUGACGUGCUCGGCGUGAAUAUCACCGAUGGCAUGAAUGCGACUAUCCAGGUGCAAAGCAACGGUGAUCCUUCCGGUGGUCUCUACGCUUGCGCCGACGUCCAAUUCUCCUCCAGCGUUACCUACUCCGAGCCCUCUUCGUGCACGAACAACACCAACGUCGUCGCCUCUGCUUUCCCCAGCGCGGCUGCGCAACGUAACGCUAAUGAGUCUACCUCGACUGGUGAUGCUCAAGGAUCCAGCUCUGGCAGCUCAUCCUCCAACACCACUUCUUCUACUUCCAAGGGCGCUGCUGUGCCGCUGCAGACUGCUGCCUGGGGAAUGCUCGGCGUGGCCGUUGCCGGUGGUCUUGCUGUGCUGUAG